AUGGCACCCUUUCUAUCCAUCUGUCGUCUCCUCUUCGUCCCUCUCAUGUCUUUCACCUUGAUUGACCUCGCCAACAAACCUGCGGAGUUCGAAACAAAAUACGCGACAGUUAGCGAUGAGCGAUCCAAGGUACCACUUCUAGAGCACAACGGCAAGAUUAUCAUUGAAAGUGAAGUAGUAGCCAAGUACGUGGCUGUGAAUAUUGUUGGUAAAAACGAUAUCGACUUGUUGGGCGACGACAGCGAAGUUGAGGGAUUUUUAAAAGUAUGGCAGCCGGUGCAGCUUGCCUUCACCAAUACACUCAGAGCGAAGAACGACGACGAAGUUAAGGUGGCAAUCGACUCAUUUUUUCAAUCUAUUGAAGAACUGGAAAAUUACUUGGACCCGACAACUGUAUUCGUCUGCAAAUCCUUCUCGCUGGCCGAAUGCCUUGUCGCUCCUUGGGUGCACAGAAUGUUUCUGACCUUGGAGCAUUUUCGAAAUAUAAAACUUGGCAACAUGCUCACGCCGUAUCCACGUACAGCUCUCUGGAUGACAGCAGUCCGUGAUCGCCCAUCGGUACAGGCUAGUGCAAUUCCGAUGGAUAAGCUUCUGCCUUCGUAUCGAAAAUUCUUCGUGACGUACGUGACACCAGGCGCACCUGCUGCCUCGGCUGAAAGUGCACUGUAA